AUGAACGAAAAGAAGAAGAUUUACUAUCACUUCGCUUCGGACCCAAGCCGAGAAUACACUCUCAACCUUCCAUGUGAAGGUCGUGUCUCCUGCAAAUUUGCACGCCAACAUAUUAUCAUUCAGCAUACGGUCCGUCCCGAUUCCAAGUGCUUUUUUGAGCUCUACCGCAAUGUGAGCACAGACGCAGGCAACCCCAAAUAUAAGCUUAUUGAUAGUAACGAGGAUAUUCUUACUGAGACGCGCCUACUUGUUAAACGACGCCCAAUAACAAUCGAAGAUAUCAAGCAAGACGAUUACCUCUCAUUUGACUCGUUGGCUCCCACCCUUCAUGAUAUUAUUCAUUCUGAUAUGGUUGCAGAUAGGCUCUCAGCUCGCGAUAGUGAUAGUCUAAUAGACGCCAACAGACAAGGUAUCACAGAGCUUACUAAAGAUCUACUUACCACCCUUUUAAGUGAGAUUGACAACAAUCUAACCAUGACAAUAGGAAAAAAUACAAGAACAGACAUAAUAGGGCAAUUCAAUGUGGAUAACGCCCCACCCACGACUCGCGAGGGCCAGCAGUUCCUCAUCGGGCAAGCCAACCGCAUACAUCAGACGUUUUCAAAGAACCAAGCUGCUGAAGAAGAGCAAGAUGAAGACGAAGACGAUAAGGAGAAGACAACAAGCAAUAUAGCAGAGCUUUGGGAUAAAGUGAUGGGCUACCCCAAGUCUUUCCUCUGCCCCACAAAGCUUCGCGAAAGUGCGCAGACGCCAGUAUCGAGCUCUGCUGCGUCUGGAAACACUAGUCACAGCGGCCAUGGAAAUUGCAAUGCACAUAACUCAACUUUCUCUGGUGCCCAUGCCAAUUCUCCAGGAGCUCACGCUACUUCAGGACCUGUUACUGGUGCCCAUAUCCAGGGGCAUAGCCAUCGCCAGGAACCUCGACAAGGUGACAGUAGGCCUUCCGGACAGUACUUUUUGCAUAGUAAAAGAACAAGAGAGGUUAGUAAGGAGCCUAUAAAGGUCGUACUAACGGGGGUCCGCGGGCAAAAAUAA